AUGGCUGUGCAAGAAAGUCAACAUUUUGAUGUUCUCUACACCAUCCAGGGCAGCAGUUUCAGCAACGGACAGACCAGCAUCUCCACCAUCAGCAUCUCCAAAAUCAGCAUCUACACCAUCAGCAUCUACACCAUCAGCAUCUACACCAUCAGCAUCUACACCAUCAGCAUCUCCACCAUCAGCAUCUACACCAUCAGCAUCUACACCAUCAGCAUCUACACCAUCAGCAUCUACACCAUCAGCAUGUCCACCAUCAGAUCAGAGAAGUGUGUGGUACUGGAGGGAUGUGGUUGUUUGUCACUAGUAGAGCUAGGGAGGGUCCAGACGUCCCCCUCCUCUCACCCCUCCUCUCACCCCCUCCGAGACUCACCCCUCCUCUCACCCCCUCCAAGACUCACUCCUCCUCUCACCCCCUCUGAGACUCACCCCUCCUCUCACCCCCUCCGAGACUCACCCCUCCUCUCACCCCCUCCUCUCACCCCCUCCUCUCACCCCUCCUCUCACCCCUCUGAGACUCACCCCCUCCUCUCACACCCUCCGAGACUCACCCCUCCUCUCACACCCUCCGAGACUCACCCCCUCCUCUCACCCCCUCCAAGACUCACCCCUCCUCUCACCCCCUCUGAGACUCACCCCUCCUCUCACACCCUCCGAGACUCACCCCUCCUCUCACCCCCUCUGAGACUCACCCCUCCUCUCACCCCCUCUGAGACUCACCCCUCCUCUCACCCCCUCUGA